AUGGACCAGCAAAGAUUCCUGCAGCAGCUGCAGAUCGUGCUUGAUCCAAAGAAAGGCAAUGUCAAGACUGCCACAAAGGUUCUACAAGAUGAAUAUUACAAGCGGCCAGAAGCGCUGUUGUUCCUGAUGCAAAUAAUCAUCUCUCAUGAUAGUCCAGACUUGAAGCAGCUUGCUGCUACACAGGCUCGACCUCUCGUCGCAAAGAUGUGGACUAAAAUUCCAGAUGAGCAGAGGAAGUCGGCACGAAGUCAGCUCUUCCAAGCGACAAUGACCGAGAAACAUUCUUUGACACGACAUUCCUCCUCAAGAUUAGUUAGUGCGAUUGCGAAAGUAGAUCUCGAAGAUGGCGAGUGGGCCGAACUACCAAACAUGCUGCAGCAGGCUGCGACGAGCUCGAAUGCGGACGAAAGAGCAGUCGGUGUAUAUUUGUUGUACAGUCUUUUAGAGACAAUGGGUGAAAACUUCAGCGACAGGUUCCAGGCUUUGUUCGAACUCUUCUCGACGACAAUCGAAGAUCCCGAGAGCCUCGACGUCCGAGUCAAUACCCUCCUUGCAAUUUCGAAAAUGGCCAUGGUGAUUGAUGCCGAAGAGGAUCAGGCUCCGGUCAAAGCCUUUCAAAAUUUGUUUCCUGCUAUGGUCAAAGUGCUGCAAGACACCAUCUCGAAUGGCAAAGAUGAACAGAUUAUGCUUUCCUUUGAGGUCUUCAACACCUUGCUUACUACAGAAUACCAGCUUCUCCAGAAACACUUUCAUGAUCUAGUCGAACUCAUGAACCAGAUCGGUACCGACAAGCAGUUCUCAGAUGAGACGAGAACACAAGCUAUCAGUUUUCUGAUACAGUGUGUUGUGUACCGAAGACUUAGAGUUCAGGGUAUGAAGAUGGGCGAGCCACUUACAAAGAGCAUGCUUGCUGUUGUUGCUGAGAUCGAGGACAUCAACGACGAUGACGACGUUACUCCAGGUCGCUCUGCUUUGGGUUUGAUCGAUACGAUGGCACAGAAUCUACCUGCCCAGCAAGUGAUUGCUCCACUUGUUGACCUACUUCCAAAAUAUGCAGCGAAUAGUGACCCUGCUUACCGCAGAGCAGCUAUCAUGGCUCUGGGCUAUUCCGUCGAGGGUGCCCCCGACUUCAUCAGUACUCAGCUUGCACGCGUAUUCCCUGUUCUGUACCAACUGCUUGAAGAUCAGGACGUUUCCGUUCGACAAGCGGCAUUACAGACUACUGCUCGUCUGGCUGAUGAUCUACCAACCGACGUAACAAAAGAACAUGAGAAGCUCAUGCCUCUGCUAGCUAAGAACCUGACCGCUGCUAUGCAGCAAUUCAAGGGUGAGGAGGAGGGCCCAGCCAUCGAUAUCAUGCGGUCCUCUGUCAGUGCCGUCGAUUCUGUGGUUGACGGCAUGGAGUCUCACGACGCAGUGCAAUACCUCGACAAGUUAGCACCACUCUUGCAGAGGUUGAUUCAGCAUCCCGAUUUCAAGAUCAAAGGCCUAGCUGCUGGUGCGCUCGGCUCCCUGGCCUCUACUGUUGAAGAGCCUUUCAAGCCUUAUCUGAGCGAGUCCAUGCAAGCAAUGCAGGGUUACAUUACAAAGAAGGAGAGCGAAGAUGAACUCGAUUUACGUGCCAGUUGUACCGACGCUAUGGGCGAGAUGGCUGUGGCUGUUGGUCCUGCAGACUUCAAGGAUUAUGUGCAACCCCUGAUGCAAGCCAGUGAAGAGGCUCUCAAGCUCGAGCACAGCAGACUGAAAGAGAGCACCUACAUUCUCUGGGGCUCGUUGGCCAAAGUGUACGAAGAGGACUUUGCACCUUUCCUUGGUGGAGUUGUCAACGGCCUCUUCGAAUGCAUUGACCAAGAGGAGGAGAGUAUGGAAGUUCAGCUCGGCGAUGAAGCCAAAGACUUGGUUGGCCAAGAGGUCACUAUUGCUGGUAGAAAAAUCAAGGUUGCAGAUGCGCUCGACGACGACGACGAUGAUGACGACGAUAUUGAGGACAUCGACCUUGACGACGAUGACAGUGACUGGAAUGACUUAACGACCGUUACACCACUUGCUCUCGAGAAAGAGAUUGCGAUCGAAGUCAUCGGCGAUGUCGUUGGUAACACCAAGGCUGCAUACAUUCCUUAUUUCGAGAAGACGAUUCAAAAGUUGCUGCCUCUGGUUGACCACUCGUACGAGAAUAUUCGGAAAGCCGCUUUCAGCACACUGCACCGAGCAUACGCUGCUCUGUACGAAGUACAAGAAGAAUCUGGAGCACAAGAAAAAUGGCAAGCAGGCCUGCCGCUCAAGGUCCAGCCCGUUCCUGAGCUUGAGAAGCUUGGUGACUUGGUUAUGACUGCCACAUUGACUACAUGGGCUGAUGAGGAAGACACUGCCGUUGUGUCCACGAUCGCUCAGUCCCUUGCCGAGAACCUCAAGAUGACAGGCCCCUUCUUAAUCGCCAACCAAGACCACCUACGCCAGGUCGUUCAGGUAGUCGGUACACUCAUCACUAAGAAGCAUACUUGUCAGGCAGACCUGGCAGAGGAAGAGCCGGACCUUGAAGACAUGGACAGCACUGAACUCGAAUGGCUCGUGAUCGACUCCGCAAUGGAUGUGAUCUCUGGACUUGCAGCUGCUCUAGGACCCAAUUUUAACGAACUGUGGAAGAUCUUCGAGAAGCCAGUCUUGCGUUACGCAUCUGGUGCAGAAAGUCUCGGACGAGCCUCUGCUUGUGGAGUGAUCUCGGAGAUCAUCGUCGGUAUGGGCGAAGCUAUCACACCAAUGACAUCUCAGCUCAUGACCAUCCUGCUAAAACGUAUGUCUGACGAAGAUGACCAGACCAAGUCGAACGCCGCCUACGCAGCUGGUCGUCUGGUGGAGAAGUCAUCCGAUACAGCAACUAUCUCCAAGUCAUACGGCACUAUCCUGAGCAAGCUCGAGAAUUUGCUCACCAUCUCCAACGCGCGCUGUAAGGACAAUGCAGCGGGUUGUGUCUCUCGGCUGAUCCUCAAGAACAAAUCCGCUGUACCUCUAUCCGAUGUCCUUCCAGCACUUGUCAACAUCCUACCACUCAAGGACGACUUCCAGGAAAACGAGCCAGUAUGGAAGAUGAUCAUCACCUUGUAUCGAGAGCAAGACAGCAACGUCCAGAAAUUAACUCCCAAGCUCGCUCCUAUCAUGUUGAGUGUUCUCGGUGAGCCGACCGAGCAACUCACGGACGAGGUUCGCAUUGAGCUGAAUCAGCUGGUUGACCAUUUGAGAAGUCAGGGCUAG